UUGAUAGGUUUAUUUAUUAGUUUUCUUCAGGUCGGCUCAUUUUGUCUAUCCGAGAGUGGGUCAGGAUCAGAUGCUUUUGCCUUGAAAACUACGGCCAAAGCAGACGGAAACGACUUUGUCAUUUCUGGAUCCAAGUUGUGGAUCACUAAUGCUGGCCAUGCCCACUUUUUCUUGGUAUUUGCUAACGCUGAUCCAUCCAAGGGUUACAAAGGCAUUACCUGUUUCCUAGUGGACAGAAACCAGGAAGGAGUAACGGUGGCAAAGAAAGGAGGAUAA